UUGCCAACAGGUACCUACCCAACUACCUAUAUAUUUGACUGCUCAUAUUUAGUCAGAUGUUAUCAUUGUAUUUACGAUCCUGUAUUAAAGUAGGACCACCACAUGUUGCGGAAUCAAAUAUCUAAUUUAUGAAAAAAAAAAAUUAAAUCUCGUGACUACAGCAAAUAUAAUUUUCUUGUGUGAUGAUUUGAUUUCUAUUAAUAAAAAUGGUUCACAAAAUUUUAGAACUUUAUAGUGGAAUAGGAGGCAUGCAUUGUGCUUGGAAUGCAUCAGAAUUGAAUGGCGAAGUAGUUACUGCUGUUGACAUUAAUACUGUGGCAAAUGAAGUAUAUAAACACAAUUUUCCAAACACUCCAUUAAUAACGAAGAAUAUUCAGUCUCUCUCAUAUGAAGACAUUAAGAAAAUGAAUGUAAAUACUAUUCUUAUGUCUCCACCUUGCCAACCUUUUACGAGAAAUGGCAAAUUUUUAGAUGAGAAUGAUCCUAGAACAAACUCAUUUACAUAUUUAAUUGAUUUAUUUGAUGAAUUAGAUAAUAUUGAAUACAUUCUCAUGGAGAAUGUCAAGGGAUUUGAAUGUUCAACUGUAAGAAAUUUAUUCAUUAAUAAAUUAAAAAAAUGUAAUUUUGUGUAUCAAGAAUUUCUAUUGUGCCCAACAAGUGUUGGUGUACCAAACUCUAGGUUAAGAUAUUACUGUAUAGCUAGAAAAAACACAUUGGACUGGAGUUUUAUAAGGACAGAUGAAAUUAUAACAAAACUGACAAAAGAUUAUGGUGAACCUCACACAUUGGAAGCUAUUCUUGAAACAAAUGUCCCAGAAAAAUAUUUGCUAACAAACAAUUUCUUGAAAAGGGCAUAUCUAUUAGAUAUAUGUUAUAAACAUUCAAAAAGAUCGUGUUGUUUUACGAAAUCUUACACACAUUAUGUCGAAGGUACUGGCUCUGUUUACACAGACUCAACACCUGAUGAAGUUGAAAACUGCAUUAAAGAUGCAAAACAAUAUGAAGUCGGUAAAGAAGAGUAUGUUAACAGAUUUCAACAGCUAAAGCUUAGAUUCUUUACACCAAAAGAAGUGUUGGCAUUAAUGAUGUUUCCUAAAAGCUAUAAAUUCCCCGAAAGGACAACCACAAAACAAUGUUACCGAUUACUUGGUAACAGUGUCAAUGUAAAAGUUAUAAGUGAAUUACUCAAAAUAUUGUUUGAAUAAAAUGGGAACUCAUUUUUUAUUGUACAUAAACAAAAAUUUUUAUAAAUUUGUGAGCAGAAUGCUAAGUUCGUGACUCAGGUCAUAGAUGGAACCAUAGAUGGAACCAUGAAUUUAAAUUUUAGGGCCAGAAAAUGGAACUUUAAUACUGAAAUGCUAGCAAUAGUUCAUACAACUUGUACCAAGAACUUUUUUUGAUCUUAGUGAGAAAAUAUGCGAAGAUGUAACUAGUAUUUUUACAUGUAUGCUGUUAAUAUUCAGAUUAUUCUGAUUAAUUUAGUUGUUUCUUUCAAAACAGAUUCCAAUCAGCAACAUUCUAUAAUUAUAUUCUAAGGUAAAAAAAAAAGUAAUCGGCUAGAGUUAGGACAUCAUCUUUUGACAAUAUUUAAAUAAAAAGAGAUAUUUUUAUUAUAAAAAAAUUAAAUUUACAUAUUACGAAUUUAACAAAUAUUUAACUUAUCUGAUUGAAAUAGCAGUCAUUAUAAUAGAAAGAUUUUAUUUAUUAAGCAUUAAUAUUUCUAUAUAUUGUAAACAUUAAAUUAAUUUUUAAUAAAUAUUUAUAUAUGUAUAUAUAUUAGUUAUUUAAAUAGAUCCAUUGGCAAGGAUUUGUCUUGCUCGUCGCUUUGCUUUGUGAUUCAGCACCCUCAUUCUUAACAUCACAGCUAUUGAUGAUGCCAUACCCAAGACCAAUGACCAGAUGGUAAAUUUCCAAUAAGCCCUUUCUUCUAAAUAUGCGACGCGAUCACAGCUUAAAUAAUAUUUAACAUUUAUUAUGUUACAAACUGCUAAUUAAACAUUAUUAGAUACAUUCGGUCUCUUACCUUCGAGUUACUGUUUCGCCAUUUGCACAUUUUAAAAUUUCCUUAAAACUUGUAUGUAUGCAAACACCAAUGCUUUUGCUUCGAAUUUCAAAAUCUAAAAACCAAAUUAAUGUUUGUCACUUAAUCUUUAUAAACAAGGUGAUUUCUUCAAUAUUUAAUGUUUUUAUUACCUGAGCAAGGAUGACAUUCAUUAAUUAUAGUAUAUGGUUGAUGUAGCCAGCAAGUCGAAUUAUUUUCUGUUGGAAAUGUUUUGUUUUUCAUCUUCUGGCUGCCAGAGAGGGUAUCAGCUAAUUGAGAUUCUAAUAUAAGAAUCAGAAUA